UGACAUAGUCCGAUCUCUUUAAGACGAGAAGGAAAAGGGGGAGUGCUGGCGUUGUAGAGAUACACGAUUUUCUUAUCUGAUUAAUUUCUUGGUAGUGGUAACAGAAGAAAUCUUCCUACCCAAUGAUAUGGACCAGUAUGCUGCUGUAGCAUUGGAAGGCAAGAAUACCACAUUAGAAUGCACUUGCCAACCGAAUAAAUGUGAUGAGGACAGUGCUUAUGUUUACUGGAAAUUCAAAAAUCAUUACGUUAAUCAAUCAGCAAGGACCAUGGUAUCUAAGAGAGGUCUGGACAACGACCCGGUUAAGAUUGUGCUGACCAUACUCAACCUUUCGAAGGCUGACGAGGGGGAAUACUUGUGUGGAAUAAACACCACUCAGGGAUUUACAGAAAAGCAAUCAAAGCUGCAUGUCUUAAAAAAAGGUAGGAUAUUUUUCUUUAUAUUACAAAAAUAAAAUAAAAUAGAAUAAAAUAAUGAUUUUAUCUAAAAACUGUUUUUUCAAAAACGUCUUUUGCGCCUCGAUGUAGGGUCUUUACCUUGUUAGUCCCUAAAGAGAAAUUUUGCUUAGUUGGUCUCCAUAAAUUAUGUGAGACGUUUCUUUAAUCUUGGCAAAAGCUCACAAUUGUGGUAAUAUUUUUGGAUGAAGUCAAUGUGCGGUACCAAAUAGCUAUUUUACGAUAUAUAUGAUCAUACAACGACUUUCGGUUUUAUUUUUCUGAUAAAUGGUAUGAUUAACAAGCAAAUCAAUCACGGUUAGAUCUCACUCACAAAAGUUUAAAUCUCUUCGCAGGUUCUUUCCCUUCCGUUCUGCCAAAGAACGUUUCUGUAAAGCUUCAUACUUCUGCGACACUAUCAUGCACAGUCAUCUAUCCUAAUGUCCUACUGACUACAUCGCCGUUUAUUUACUGGAAAGUCAACCACACAUUUAUUAGAGAGAGUUCUAAGGAUUACAAAAUGAGAGAUGGCAUUCCGCGCAAUCAUCCCAGUUUGUCUAACACAAAAAGAAAACUCCUCAAGCUUGAAAUCUUUAACGUCAGCAUGCAGGAUUUGGGUUGUUAUUAUUCCUGUGGCGUGAAAUUCAAUAAAGAUGUUUUGGUCGAGGUAACAAAAAUCUGCCUGCUCCGGCUCCCCAAGGAAGAAGCAUCAGGUAUUUUAGAAAAGUAAUACGUGUCAACGAAGUUGGUUGGACAUUGCUAAAUGUGCUUUAAAACACCGAUUUUAAAAGGGUUAAAAAGUUUGGGGUCUAGUGUAAACACGGUAUAAUAAGUCGCCGAUGAAAAUAUGAUAAAGCCAAGUCCGCGAACCCGAGCCUUGUGCCUGCUACUCCACUAUAUGAUGUGCCUCGCCAUCCCAAACAUAACCAGGCUACUAGUGAUGGUAUCUACUCUUUACGAAAAGUUUUGGUAAUUGCAGGUGUACCGUUAGUGUUUUGAAAACUUGCUUACUUGUAAAGAUUGCCACUUUUUGAUUAUGAAUGUCAUAGAGUCGAAUAUAAUACAGUCAAACAUUACAAAAAUAUUUAUUUUAGCAUAUGAAUACUUCACAGAGUCAAUACAUAUCAGUAAAACACACAUCAAAGCCAGAAAGGUACAUUGAGUGAAACGGUAUGAUAUACAGCCCAAUCAGGCGUGAUCGUUUUCUAACUAAAAUCCCCAAAAUGUGCCCUUGACUUGUUGUUUACGCCAUAUUGUGUCAGUCUUCGGUUAAAUAGUUGUGUAGUUAGCAAUGAGAAAGGAUUCUGCUGGAUUCAUUUCGGCAAAUUUCAACUGAUCCAACGGCUAAAUUUUAUAUCUUCUCUUCCUUCUUCAGAUGUCACAACUGAAGCCACAACUAAUGCUGAAGGUGAACACCUUAUGUUGUCUUUUAUUUGAAGGGACAAUGUCAGUUAGUUACUGUUGGUUCCCUUACGAGCAGGGCAGGAGGUUGGACCAUUAGUGCAAAAACGUGACGGGGGGGGGUUGGGUGGUACUCUCGUUUACGCUUUACUCGAUGCUUGCUUCUUCAUUUUAAUCUAGUCUUGACGUAUUUUAAUUAUGCUCAAUUUAAGGCAGAAAACGUAAUUCGAACGCAUGUGUUAGAGAUGAGAAGCAUAAAGGAGCAGGAAAAUUCAAAUAGUUUGUCAGAAAACAGUCGAUACCUUACGCAACGACAUCGUCAAAUCAGGCGAUGUUUUCGGUAGGACAUGGGAAAACUACGAAUUUUCUUUUGUUCUCUUUUGACUUGAAUGCGAUUCUCAAAAAAACCGCCUCACUUUAUCAAUUUGAGUAAGCUGGAAUAAUCGCAAUUUAAGCUGGGUUUGAAUCCCGGAAGUGGCGCAAUAUCUGAGUUGAAUUUGUUUGGCUCUCGCCCUUUAUUGGAGAAGGGUUUUUUUGUAUUAUUUAAUUUCAAUUUUUUUUUUUACCAGCUUCGACCGAGUACUCCGGUUUCACGCCCCUUCCCCCUCCUUAAAAUGCUUCCAAAUUAUAAUUCGAUCCCGACCGGGAGAGGAAGAAUCACAUUGUGGAUGUACUACAGCUCUACCAUUAAAUCAUUAUAUUUAUUUGUUUUAUCCCUCGCUUUUGGGCCCGGAAAACACGUGACUGUGAGUCAACUUUAAUUACUGCAAAAUUUUAUGCAACUGUCCUUGCCUGCUGUAUACUUAAAUCUCCGACGCUUUCUCUUUCUGAGAAGAUGGAUCUGGUUGGGAGAACUUGAUAGUUGUUCCUGUUUCCUAGAUGCCGGAUGUUUACAUUUGGAUUGCAAAAGUGUAAUCACAACAAAAUGUCUUAGAAAUCUAUUUGACUGUACAUUUCUAGGCAUGACAGGAACUGCUAUCGCCCUCAUAGCAAGUGCAGUUUUCUUCGCCUUAGCUGUUGUUUGUGCAGUUAUUCUUGUCAAGUCUGGUGUUGUUCCUUAAUGUCGAAGAACUACAUCUACUAAACUUACAGAGGACACAACUUUGUCAGAGAAAGAAUCAAGUUUAUAGCAGCAACUACAGGACCAAUGGAAUUUAUUUUCUACGAUUUGUUCAAGUACAGUACAGAAGCAAAGAAUUUUACAAGUACACAUUAUAUAUUUACAAAGAUGUCUAAGUCACGCUUUACCGGG